AUGCAAUUUUAUCGUUACCAGCGUCAGCAUCUAAUCCGAACCUUCCAAGUGUUAACCUCUUCGGGUCGUGUCAAUUCGAUGAUCGCAAUCUCUUGGCUACAAUUCCAAGCAUACAACCUAUUCUACGUUUUUACGGCUCCAGCUAUGGACGAACCCCUAACAGUCACCGCUCACCGCUUCAGAAUAACCGUCUCGGCUCUGCCUCCACCGGUUCAUAAACUACACAGCCAACAGACUCCUCUAAAGAAUAAUACUUGCCAUAGGUCACUUUCGAAGGCAAGAUUCUCCAAUCGACGAGAAGAUAUGACGACGGUGGAGAACAUGGCGGGCGCGAAAGCUAAUAUCUUUCCAUUUCCAAGGCGCCUACAAGGAUUUCGAGACGAUAUCUAUGAUGUCUUGUGGAAGCUCACACCUAGGAUCUUAACGUGCCACUAUAGGUACUCCUUCAAGUUUCUCAAGGUCACCAAACAGCUUCUUGAAGAAGCAAUGAAACCAUUCCGAUACAACAGCGAUGCAGGCCCCGUUCGCCUCCUUCCCCAAUGGCUUCGUUUUGGAAUCCCGCCGCCCUCUACUUGGGAUCGACUUACGGUUAAGAUCAAGUCGUUCCCUAGUUCCACACGCAAAGAAUUGCUCAAAGAUCACGUUCAAUCCGCUUCAUUGGCACUUUGCUUGACGAAGUUCCCUUCCGACUUUUCUGCAUGUGCAAUGGACCUUGCGGCCCUCGAGCUUCGCGGAAGCUUAAUCUCGUUGACGCAAGCCUAUGGAUCUGGUCAGAUUCCCAUUCGACACAAUGUAUCACAAGCUAAACAUUUCCAUGGGGGACAGAUUUCUUCAAGCUUGAUAUUCGAUACAGGUAGCAUUCGAAAACAGAAUCCGAAGGUUUCCUGGACUAACGAAUAUGUUCUAGCAUUGUACCAGCUGGAAAAAUCUGUCGUAAUCUACCUCCUAAACAUCACUCGCCCCCAACCUUUGACCUUUCUCCCAGGCACCAAAUUGAACCCAUGCUAUCCCGAUUACACCCAAUUAGACGACAUCGACAAGUAUACGAAAUCUGAUCUUCCCUAUUCGGAAACCUACGAACCAUGUCUGCAACAAAACGAAAGAUUAAAUGUGCAGACGAUGAGACACAUAAAUGAAGAAACGGCUAACAGCCCUCAGGGUCAUCUAACCGAAAGGAAUCAAAAUCCAGCCGUGUCCACUUCUACGACUUCCACAAGAGCUUCGAGAUAUUAUAUACAAACACCUAGGAAUUACAACCCCAGUAGUCUCAUGGCAUGCUUCGCUCCUUAUCGACGAUGA